CUUGAACAUUCAGUCUUCGUUAUUGGACGCAGGGAGGGAAUUGUCGACCAAUAGGAGUGUGCGUGGUACAAAGAGAUCUACUCCCUCCCCCAUCCAUUCUCCACACUGUAGUCAGUAUAUGCUUCGAUCCCGAGCAGAGAGCAGGAUGCUUUUCCACAUUCGGAUUAAAUAAUAUACAUUGGAUUUAUAUCUCACGAUGUAUAAUUACAGAUAUCCUCGGUGUGCGGCAAGUCCACCGUUUCUGGAUUUCCAUGCUGAUUUCUAUAUUUUAAUUGACAUAUUGAUGGGGAAAUAAGUGUCAUUGUAACCGACCAGGGAUGACAAAGAGAAUGGAAUACCGGGACUGGAGACGGCUGGCACUUUGGUGGAAUCAUUUCUUUCUCCUAUGGAAUACAAUACUCGGACAGACUCGUUACAGCAUCCCAGAGGAGCUGGAACAAGGAUCUCUGGUUGGAAAUCUUGCCAAAGAUCUGGGUAUAGGACUUUCGGAUAUUUUUGAGCGUAAACUGCGAGUCGCCUCUGAAGCUGGUGAGCAAUAUUUCAGAGUGGAUGCGGGAAAGGGCGAGCUGGUGGUGAAUGACAGAAUAGACAGAGAGGCUUUAUGUGGACAAAGCACAAGCUGUGUCUUACCCCUGCAGGUUGUUGUAGAAAACCCGCUGCAGUUACACCGGAUAGAAGUGGAGAUAAAGGACGUAAAUGACAACGCUCCGAGUUUUCUCAAAAGCGAUCACGUAAUAGAAGUUUCCGAAUCUACCGUUGUAGGAGUUCGUUUUCCGCUAGAAAUGGCAGAGGACGCAGAUGUCGGGAGUAACGGGUUAAAAAGUUACGCGUUAAGCAAGGAUGAUUGUUUUACAUUGAAAAUAAGAGAAAUUGAAAAUGGCAGAAAAACACCGGAAUUAGUAUUAAAUAAAUCACUGGAUCGAGAAAAAAAAGCCAUUCACAAUUUGAUUCUUACUGCACUGGACGGAGGAAACCCUGUUAAAACCGGGACUUCAAAAAUAACAAUAACAGUGCUUGAUUUUAAUGACAACGUGCCAUUGUUUGAAAAUGAUUCAUAUAAAGUUGCUGUUAAAGAAAAUGCUGCCAAUGGUUCGUUUGUUAUUGCAACAAAAGCAACUGACAUAGACGAGGGUCUGAAUGGGGAGAUUGAGUACUCACUUGGUGUGCACACACCGCCAUCUGUACUGUCCCUAUUUUAUAUAAAUGCAUUGACAGGAGAAAUAUAUUUAAAACGACAGUUAGAUUAUGAAACUCAAAGUUCAUAUCGUAUCGACGUUACUGCAAAAGACAAAGGUCUUCCAAAGACGGAGGGUCGCUGUACUGUUCAGGUUGAUGUAUUAGAUGUAAAUGACAACAUUCCUGAAAUUGUGCUCACUUCAAAAUCAACUUCAGUGCCUGAAGACUCUCGCAGUGGGACGGUGGUGGCUUUGCUCAGUGUCCGUGAUCUUGAUUCCGGUGACAACGGUAAAGUAACGAUACAGUUGACGAACGGUUCUCCUUUCACUCUGAAGCCGUCAUUUUCUAAUAAUUAUGCACUUGUCACUAGUGGGGCAUUAGACAGAGAAUCCUUUUCAGAGUAUAAUAUUGAGAUUACCGCCAUUGAUUCAGGCUCCCCUCCGCUUUCAUCUAAUAAAAUCAUACCCGUUGCCAUCACUGAUGUGAAUGACAAUGCUCCAUUAUUCACUCAGCGAACUUAUAAUGUGUAUUUGAAAGAAAACCAAGUACCAGGCUCUAUACUGUACUCAGUAUCAGCUUCGGACCUGGAUUCAGGUGAAAAUGCUCAAAUCUCUUACUCAAUACUGGACUCUAAAGUGCAGGACGUUUCUGCAUCUUCUUAUGUUUACAUUAACUCGGAUAACGGCAGCAUCUACAGCAUGCACUCGUUUGAUUAUGAGAAAAUGAAGGUUUUUCAGAUUCAGGUCCAGGCAAAGGAUCAGGGCUCUCCGUCUCUCAGCAGCAACGCCACUGUCCAUGUUUUUAUCCUGGACCAGAACGACAACGCCCCCGCUGUUAUUUACCCCUCCUCCGCUGUCCUGGGCUCCCUCUCUCAUCAGAGGAUGCCCCGCUCCGCUAAAGCGGGUCACCUGGUUACAAAGGUGACGGCUGUGGACGCAGACUCGGGCCAUAACGCUUGGAUCUCCUACAAACUGUCGGAGGCCACGGACGCCUCUCUGUUCACCGUCAAUCUGUACACAGGAGAGGUGAGGACUAAACGCGCUGUGUCCGAGCAGGACGACUCCUCUCAGAGGCUGCUCAUUGAGAUCAGGGACGACGGAGAACCGGUCCAGUCCGCCACCGUCACGGUGUCCAUCCUGAUGGAGGACGGGCUCCAUGAACCCAUCUUAGACCUGAGACAGAAAGCGGCCGAGCCCAGCAAGAAAACUGGCAGAAUCACCCUUUAUCUGAUCCUGUCUCUGGCCUCGGUGUCCGUGCUGUCUCUGGUGACUUUUCUCAUCUUAGCGGUGAAAUGCAUCAGGAGCAGCAGGAGCAGCGGGAGCUGCUGCAUGAGACGGAGUGACUGUGAUGAUUACAAGAACCCCAACAGAAACCUGCAGAUUCAGCUCAACACUGACGGACCCAUAAAGUACGUGGAGGUCCUGGGAGGAGACAUGUUGUCUCAGAGUCAGUCCUUCAGGUCCUGCAUGUCUCCAAUGUCCGAGUACAGCGAUUUCACUUUGAUCAAACCCAGCAGCACCACAGACUUUAAGGAGGUGAUCAGUGUGCUGGAUGCGUCUUUACCCGACAGCACCUGGACUUUUGAGAGCCAGCAGCAAAAGCCACCCAACAAUGACUGGCGCUUCACGCAGGGACAGAGACCUGGACCCAGUGGUCCCCACAUGCCAUACGGUACACACAUACGAUGGACGCCGAAGAGUGGGACAAGGGCAACUGGAGGACCUGAGGUUGCCAUGGGAACUGGCCCCUGGCCCCAGCCCCCUACCGAAGCUGAGCAGCUCCAGGCCUUGAUGGCUGCAGCAAACGAAGUGAGCGAGGUGACGGCCACCCUCGGACCCGGCACCAUGGGUCUGAGCACCCGCUACAGCCCCCAGUUCACCCUGCAGCACGUGCCUGACUAUCGCCAGAACGUCUACAUCCCAGGCAGCACUGCCACCCUGACCUCCAACCCCCAGCAGCAGCAGGCCACCGCCCAGCAGGCAGCCCAGCAGGCGCUGCCUCCACCUCAGGUGUCAGCCCAGCCCGAGCCCCCCAAGGCUGCCCAAACCCCGGCCUCCAAGAAGAAGUCCACCAAGAAGGAGAAGAAGUAGAUGUGCAAGGAGGUGAAGAAUGAUAAAUCCCGGCCUGAUCGGAAGAGAAAUCCAACCCCUCACACCCCACCAUCACAUAUCUCCCUGCUCUGCUGUCACUCAUGAAGCCACAGUCUAUACGCUGACAGAAAAUCACUCCAAAUGAUGUUGUUGGUUCUCUCAAAGUUUCGUGAAGACCUCAGAAUCCGAAUUUGCCGAAGGUCGUUAGUGUUUCUACCGUGUGCUGUGUUGAAGGUUUAGUAUUGUUCACAUACUCAGUGUCUGGAGAUAUUAUUGGCAGGGUGUGGGGGGUUACCGCUGUUUUUCCUCUUUUUUUACCUUUUGGCAAAGACAAAAAAAUCAAACUUGGACAAAGAGAUUCAGUGUAGGGAACCUUGCUGGGGUGACAAGGCUUUGCGCAGUGAUGUAUUCAGAGAUGAAAUGUUAACGUCUUUCAUGUUGGAUUUAUUGUGCACUUUCCUGUUGGUGGAAAGUCAGCUGUUGUAAAGUAUGCUAGUUGCUAUCCAUUAGAUUCCUAUAGGGUCAGCCUUGCAGGUUCUUGAAGCAAAGGUCCUGCGAAUACUUAGGCUUCUGUUUGACACCUGUUACAAACUCUUCUGCAUGCUCAUCAAGGCUCAGACCACAUAUACUAGUUUAGAGUUGCAAACUAUGCAUUAGAAAAACAAAGUGGAGGACAUCCUGAAUCUUUUAUCCUCACUCCAAUCGCAGGUCAAUAGAAUGCACAUGUAGCAUUUACUUGACAAAAAAUGAAAAUUACUUUUGUAAUCAUAGUUUAAAGAAGAAAAAAAAAAGAUUUUAACCUUCUGAUAUUUUUUAUGACCUGAGCAUGCAUACAGAGGAGAGGAGGAGCUGGCAGAGAGGGGGGCAGCAGCGGACAGGAUUCUCUUAUAACAGCUCCAGAUGGGUGAGGACACCUCCUGCUGCGCCGCGCCAUCUGCAAUCCCCUCCUCACACCCAGCUUGUGUACUUCCCUUCACUCACAACCCCAAAAUGAUAGCCAAACAAAUAGAAAUGCACUGUUUGUAUUCUGAAGACGAGAUCAAGUAAGGGUAGUAAUCACUUCAGUCUUUAGGGAAACAUGUAGAUGUGGUAAACUGUAAGUGCUUAGGAGUUUCUAGACACUUUGUUGGCCUUUAGGGCCACAAUGGAGUAUUUCCUCUCACUACCCUGAAGUGUUGACGAAACUUCUAGAUGUGACACAGUAACUUGUUUUGUUUUUGUUUUUUGCUUUUCUUUGGGAAAUGACAAUUCGAUAACAUAGAGGAAUAAUUCGUAUAAGGUAUGAAGUCUUUAUUUUGCCGUCCAUCUGUAUGUCAGGCCUUUGGCCACGUACAACUGCAUGAAAAGAAGGCAUCCUGCAGGCUGGGUCAGAGGGAGUGGAGGGGGCACAGUGAGGGGUAAACAGACUGAGGUGGCAUCGUUGUAUCGACAAGGGAGGGGGUGGGAAACAACCUCGGCUCUGCCCCCUGAAUGUACACAGGAACCACUGUUGACAAGACCAACCCCCCUGACACUUUCUCUAAUGCACUGACCCAGGCAGAGGUCAUCAGAGCCAAGCACAGUCGUCCCUGUUAGUGAGGAGACACCACUCACAAACCCUAUGAGAUCUCUCUCCUCACCUGAAAUCAAUGAGAAACCUCAGCCUCUCUACCACUAACCUCUCCACAUCCACUCCCUGGUCCUGCGAGGCUCCUCCCCACUGUAAAUAAACACCAGUCCUGUCGAUGGUAUGAGCCAGGUGUUUGUAAAGCAGGGACAACGUCAAACAUUUUCAAAAACAACAAGUCCCUCUCCACAAGGCGUGGCUUACUACUGGAAUGUGUUGCAUUUUGUUUUUUUCAAGAAAAAUAAGAAAACCACACUUAAAAAAAAAAAAUAAACAAUGAAUAAAAAUUUGAGAUGUUCUUCAACAGUUUGUGUUGCAAUGUAGUAACUAAGCACCAUGGAAGCCAACUAACUCUUAAGUGUAAAUAAAUGAAUUAAAGAUAACUUUAGAUAAGUAAACAAAGUGACACACGUAGAAUAGUUAACUUGUGGUAUGUGUUGCGCAUAUUUUUGUGUUUAUUUUCUCUCUACUAUCUUUUAUCACCCUGUAAAGAAACAAAACAAAAAAAAAUGGAAAUGUUUCUAUCCUUCUGUAACCUCUUAAUGUUCUUUUGCGGUGAUUUUAUCUUGUGCAUUUGUGAAAGAAUGCCUCUCAUCUCUUUCUGUCCAUAUGAACAAAUGAUUAUAAAUAUUAUAUAUGUGUAAGUUUGUCCGCUGCUGAAUUAAUACUACUCUAUCCUGCUGUAUUAUCUUUCUUAUCAAAUGCUUAGCCCCUCCCACGCUUUAUCCCCGUGUUAUCCUCUUAUUUUUAUGCUAAUAUUUAUAUUGCUGUUUUAUUUUCUCUUGAACACUGACAUUUCAAAUAAAAAGAUUCUGAAAUCAUAU